UUCACUAGUGUAUCGACGAUGGGCAAACCUCGCUGCUGUUUUACUUUCUGGCUCUCCCUAACCCCGUUGGAAAAUUUCCAAUGUGCACAUGAUCGAACCCUAAAAUUCGUGUUUUGGCCAAUUUAAACACUGACGACCUGUCUGUAAUCCUGAGGGACUACAUUCUGCUCUAUCGAGCUAUUGCUGCUCUCGGUUGUUGCCUAUUUAAUGGCUGCUGCUCAGUUAACCGCCGAGGAAGAGCCGCUGAAGCGGUUACAAACGGAGCUGCUUGUCUGUCCGCUAAGAUUAAAUGAACGCUGUGGGGACUCUAGGCCUUAGAUCGCGAUGAGAAACUGCUGGUGCUUGGUUGACUACAGGGGGUGCUUCCGUGGACACUACAGGGAUCCGUCGAUCUUCCGGCGACUUUUCAGGGCGCUUCCCUCGAUGCCCGUGCUGCCCAGCACUUGCGGCAGCUGCGGGUGAACGAUGUGGCUCGCUAAUCCACUAGGAUUGCAGAAAAUCUAGGCAACCGCCAACAUGCAUAAAUAUUCAACUCGAUUUUCAGAACACUUAUUUGUAUAGUUUUUCGGACUUAGUGUGCCGCACUCGAAUUAUACGCGUGUGAUCGCUUUGAAUACUAUAAAAGAAAAGAACGUGUCCGGAAUUCGGAUGUGGGUCUGCAAAGUUGGCCGCGGUGCGAAAGCCGAGCUUUGUAUUGCGACUCUGUUACAGCUGAUUUAUGCCAGCUGAUCUAAUGCAACUGCAGAUGUGGUCCACUGAUUUGGCAACGCAAAGCUAAGUGCAUAUGUACCUAUGUAUUUAUAGAGCCUACUUUAAGGCUGACUAUAUGCAUACGUACUCGCACAAACGCUUCAGGCGCUGUUACAAUAUCCGAGCGUCCACUGGAAGGCGGAGCACUAGUCAUGGCACUUUGCAAAUCGCUGCUUGGAAACUCUUCGCAAUGGCUAUCCCAAAUUUGCUUCGCUGGAAUGUCAUGGCUGGAAUUCAAGGACUUGUUUUUACACCGCUAUGAAGGCAUCAAGCCACCGUCUGCCGUAUUGCUCAACAUUCUCAACGGACGGCCGAAUGCAAACGAGUCCUUGUCAGUAUAUGGCAGCAGGCUGGUGACGUCACUGCUGACGAAGUGGAAAGGAAUGAGCCAAGAGGAGAUAGCUGUUUCUUUAGUGUUGGCCAUCACGUCCCAAACCGAUCCCAGGCUGCAAAGUUCCGUUUUCACUACAAACAUAAAAACUAGGAAUGAACUGCAGCAACUCUUAAAGGCGUUUGCGUUCAGCAAAGUGAGCGACAACUCUGGAUUGGAUCAAGGACCGGACAGGAAGAGGUUUAAGGAGCAGGCGCAAAUCAAAUGUCAUUAUUGCGGCAAGAUGGGACAUAAAGCGUUUGAAUGCCGUAAGAAGAAGGGAGAAGAGAGAAACGACGCAAAACCAAUUCAUCAUACUGGCAAACCUUUCACUGGACGAGAGAGGUCAGGAGUUACUUGCUUCAAGUGGGGCAAUCCUGUUCACAUUGCAUCUGCAUGUGCGAAGGGCACGACUUCGACGCACAACUACAACAACGAGAAGCGAGUCGACAUGUGUGCAGUGUUGGAGCCAACUGGUAUUAUGAAGCAAAUGGGUGAGAGUUUUAUCUUCUUCUUCGAUUCGGGUGCCGAAUGCUCUUUGGUCAAGGAAAAACUCUGCAACAAGCUGGCUGGAAAAAGGAUUUAUAAUACGGUAGUUCUAAGAGGAAUAGGUGAUAACAUUGUUAAAAGUAACUUACAAAUAUUGGCAACUGUAAAUAUUUCCGAAUUUAAUGUAGAAGUCCUUUUUCAUGUAGUAAUGGAUAACUACCUUAAGUACGAUAUUAUAAUUGGUCGAGAAAUAUUGCAGCUAGGUUUUGGUGUCAUGAUAGAUGUCAAUGUAGUGAGUAAUGAAGAUAGAAGAAGCCAACUCUCCCGUGUGCAGUCGCUUUAUUGAACGCUCUAUAAAAUAAACGAUAUUCCACGGAAAAUAACAUUUAUAAAAUUGAAGAAAGUCUAUAACUGCCUAAUAUACCACCAGCCCUAUCCGCGAACAACACAACAUAGUGCUAAUAAACAAAGUUGAUUCUAUAAAUCAGAAAAUAAAUUCUUGCUGAACAACAAGUGCGGUUGUGCGUGCACCUUCAGUGAGAGACAAUCGGUGCGGCAGCAUCUUCGGAGUGCAAGAGAGAAAAAGGUUGCCCCAUCAGCUACGCUAUUGCCGAUAAGGCAGCUAUUCACUAUUGUCGAUAAGGCAGUUUGUCGGUAAAGCAGUGAGUGAUACAAUACAAACACAACC